AUGCCGCACGACGAAAUUGCGCAUUCUUGCCAAGGUCAUCGCGGAGGCGCUGGCGGCGACUUUGCCCAACCUGGAGUCCUGCCUUCCUAUGCUCCCGAUACCGUCAUUGUGUCGAAGCACAUUGAUAUCGGUCUGGACUUCGCAGAGAUCCGUAACAAGCGAGUCAAAGCAACGAUCAGUCAUACCUUCGUCAACAACCAUGCGAAGAACGACAGUCUCAAGUCGAAAGCGUUGAGCUUUGUGAAGCUGAAUGGAGUGGGCUUCAUUGAUUUGGAUGUCAAAGGCGAAGGGCUUACGACAUGGGUCUACGACGGUAGAGAGAUCUCCUUGUUGUGGGACAAACCUUUCUCGGGCAACGAGGAGAGGAACGUUCAGCUCACGUACACCGUGGACGAUCCGGUCAGCGGUCUGUACUUUGAGGUUCCCAGAAAGGAAUACCCAAAUCGGGUUCUACAUGCCAUCACUGACCACGAGCCCGAACGCUGUCGGCACUGGCUAGCGUGUGUGGAUUUCCCGGCCGUUAGAGCUACGUUAUCUUUCGCACUUCGCCACGAGGAAGGCAUGACCGCAGUCGCAAACGGGGUCUCGCAAGGUGAAACCAAGAAUGAUGACGGAAGCAUUACCUCGAAAUGGCAUCUGGACCUCCCUUGUCCGUCGUACUUGAUAUGUCUUGCCGUGGGAUUCUUGGAAAGCGUUGACGCCGGUCAAUCGCCGAACGGCGUUCCCGUUAAGUUCUUCGCCCCGAAAGGGACUCCACAUGAAGACUUGAAGCGACUGUUUGGCCAAACGAAGAACAUGUUGGCCUAUCUGCCUCAGAAGUUCGGAGUGGACUUCCCCUUCCCGAAAUACUACCAAGUAUGCUCCUACUCCAUCGGCGGCGCCAUGGAAAACAUCUCGCUUGUCAGCUGGAACGCUGUCAUCCUCAUGGACGAGAUUAGGGCAAAGGAGCUCCUGCUGGACUAUCAGCGAGUGGAUGUACACGAGAUGGCCCACUCAUACUUCGGAGACCUCCUCGUCAUCCGCCACUUCGAACAUGUCUGGUUGAAGGAGGGCUGGGCCAAAUACACCGAGGCUUUGUGGCUGGAGGACAAAGUGAGCAAGGAAGAGUUUGAGGCUGCGAUGGUGGUCAUGCAAGACCGCUACUUUGCCGAAAGCAAACAAUACCAGCGCCCUAUCGUCACACGAAUCUUUGACUCCAGCUGGCACGUCUUUGAUUCGCACACGUACCCGGGAGGAGCUUGGCGUCUUCACAUGCUGAGGAAGCUUCUCGGCGAUGGGGCUUUCUGGGCUGGUGUUCAAGACUAUAUCAAGACGUAUCAAAGAAGCGUGGUGGAAACGGAUGAUUUCCGUAAAUGCCUCGAAAAGGCUUCUGGCGUAGCACUCGUCAAGUUCUUUGACGACUGGUUGUACAGUCCCGGAUACCCGAAGUUGAAGGGUACCUACUCCUAUGAGUUGGAAAAGAACCUCGUAGUAUUGACCUUAGAGCAAACACAGGUCGAUGCGGCCAAAAAGAUUCCGCUUUUCGACAUUGUGAUACCGGUUACCGUCACUGACGCCAACGGCAAGACGCACUCGGCAGACGUUGUUUUUGACAGCAGAACCAAAAACACCAAGGCCAUCGUGGCCAUUCCCGUGUCGGGCAAACCCGUGUCGCUGUCCGUUGAUCCCGACUACAGGACCAUCUUCAGUUUGGACUUGAACCCCGGAGAAGAGGUUCUUUCAGAGACCGCCAAAUCUGUCUCGGACGUUCGCAGCCGAAUUUGGGCUUAUCAGCAAUUAAUCGAGAUUGGCACCCUAAGUGCUCUGAAAAAGGUGAAGGAGAACAUCCUGCAGGAGAAAUUCUACAGGGUCCGAGCAACCGUCGCCGCAGCCUUGAGAAAGUGCAACACCCAACGUGCCAUCGAUGUGCAGGUUGCAAUCUUCAAAGCCGAGACCCAUCAAUUCGCACUGAGGGAUGCUGCCAACUUUACAGAAGCGGACGAAGGCAUCCGGUCAGCGUUGCUGGAAUUCCUGAACAAGAAAACGAUGUCAGAACGCGGGUACGGUGCCACCGGCAGAGCGCUGGAAAGUCUAGCCCGCCAACGCAACCCCGACGACGUCAAAUUCCUGCUCGAAGUCGCUCAGGACGAGAAAUGGCUCGGCCAGCACGGGCUUGUCCGGAGCGACGCCCUCCGAGCUCUGGGUUCGUCUCGUGCGCCCGAAGCCUUCGACUACCUGCUCACCCGCUUACAACCAGGCGUGGAAUUCGAACGAGCUCGCCCAGCGGUCAUCAGCGCCAUCGCCUCCUCCGCGCCAUGGCAAUCCGCAUCCAAAUUCAAAGAGGCGACCGAGCUUAUCAUCAACCACCUUCGUGACAGCCAAUCGAGCGUGAGGCGGAGCGCCAUCAGCAGUCUCUGUGGUCCGGCACUAAACGCCCGUGCAGCCGCGGGUAAGAUCAAAGCCACCCGCGGUCUGUACGAUGAUCGGGAAUGGGAAGAAAUCUCGGCAAGCCUCCGUGCACUGCAAGCGCGGGGAGACCCUGUCCCUGGGGGUGCGAUUGUGACGCAGCAAGAAUUGGUGAAGACGGUGGAGGAGUUGCAGAGCCGACUUAGGAAGCUGGAAGAUAAGAUUGCGGAGAAGGAGGCGAAGGACAAGGAGGCUUGGCAGGUUGUGCAGGCCGCUUCUCUCUAGGUCGUAGACUUGGAGUCUGGCAUGUACUGUAGGUAGCUUUGCAUAGCUAGGGGUUUUCACUGGAAUGGCCAGCUCAUGUGAUAGCCGGAGCGUAGCCAAGAUUGCCAAGCGGCGGUAGCAGCGGGCACCAGCCCUAGUGACUUUACAGUGGUCUU